AGGAGAUAAGGUUGGAAUUACAAGAGAGAUUUGUCUUCAUCCAUAAAUAGCUCUGGAAGAGUCCAUGGGCCGCAGAGCAGAAGGAGAGACUAACAAGAAGUCACUUUCCCUCAAGUACAGGUCACCAUCAUGAUGUCCCCUCAAGUCCUCAUUUCAGGCCUCCUACUCCUUCUCCCAGCUGCUGUGGAUUCUUUCCCAGAAGUGCAUGGAGUGGUGGGUCAGCCUGUCACACUGCCAUGCACAUAUCCAGUGUCUAAUGGAUUAGCAUCCAUGUGCUGGGGCCGAGGCAAAUGUGCUUCUGAUACAUGUGGACAAACACUUGUCUGGACUGAUGGAAACCGAGUCCACUACCGGACAAGCAGCCGCUACCAGAUAAACGCGCAGCUUCUUCAAGGAAAUGCUUCCUUGACAAUCGAGGAUGCCUAUGAGAGCGACAGUGGCCUCUACUGCUGUCGAGUGGAAAUGAAGGGAUGGGAUGGUGUGCAGACACUGACCACCUCACUGCAGGUUCGACCAGUUUGGACUGCGACUGUGACAUCUUCAAACCACCCUCGGAAUAAUCACACUGAAGUGGUUCCUACAGAAACUCCCCUGAAGAUCCCAAUUAGGGGCCUCUUUAUUGGAAUCUCUGUGUCUGUCCUGUUGCUGAUCCUCCUGAGCGUCCCAACUAUCAUACAGUGCAGACCGAGAAAAAAGAAGAGUCUAGAGAGCAACUCUGAAUGCAGCUCAGUUUUCUUCCAUGUUUAUCAGAAUGAAGCUUUUCAAAGUACAGUGCAACUUCAAGCCGAAGACAGUUUUCAUCCCGGGAUUAAACCCCAGUUGCCCUCUGAGAUGACAACAUUCCAAAGCUGUAGAAGAAAGUAAUGGACUGUAACUGGGCUGAGCAUUCGUUAAGCUGCAGGGAUGUUUUCUGGGUCAGUUCAUCUCAUGCUCCCACUUCCCUGCAGUAGCGGAGAGCAUGACCUGUAGUCGUUCAUAUGCACGGUGACUGGUAAUACAGUACUCAUUCU